UGUAUAACAAAUAAAGCCAAAUAUAAACAGGCUAGCGCUGUGCUACACAGAUGAUGAUCAAUACGCUAAGCCACUACAGACUUACUGGAAAUUAUUCAUCGUACAUUCAAACAUUCUCUUGCAUUCACGUGAGUACAAUAAUAAUACAAUUUACGUAUCAAAGUAUAAUAUUAAUGGUAUUGUGUUGCACAAAUUCUAUAUUCCAGCCAGUUAAAAAUCUUAGUAUGAAAGACUAAUAGCAAUUAUCGGUAUAAAACGAAAUCGUCCUAAUUAUGUUACAAUUAUGCAAAUAAUUAGUUUCUUUUAUAAAUUAAAAAUAUGAUUUCAUAACUUGGCCAGUAUGGGGAUCGAACCCACGACAUUCGCGUUAUUAGCACGACGCUCUAACCAACUGAGCUAACCGGCCAGCCGUCUAUUCUAUAACCAACUACUACUUUAUUCAAAUUAAUGUUUUCGUAACUCUGGGAAAUGAGGAGUUAUACUGAUGAUCACAAACCUUUAAAAAAUAUAUUCUAGCUCUAAUAUGAAUUAAAUAGAUUACGAAUGUUUGACUCUGUCUGCAAUGCGCGUAUGCAGUAUGCCUUGUUGUAAGCAAAGGAUGGUACCGUCGUCAAUCGUGGCAGCGCCGUCUCCUACUCCUGGUGCAAUUUCUUUCAGGCACUAUCCGCCCCUCCCUCCAAGCAAGCCCCCCCCCCCACACACACACAACCCCACCGUCAGAAAAAAAUGGCAACAAAAAUAAAAGGAAAACAUAUUUUAAUAAAAAAUUAAUUAAUUUUCAUUUUUUUCUAACAUUUUGAAAAUGAAGAGCAAUAAGAGACAGUAACCGAACACAAAUACUGGUAACUAUGACUAAAUGAAAUAUCGCUAAGCCGCCUAAUUCCGAUCUAUUUAAGUGGUUCUCAACCUUCCUAAUAAUGCCGCAAGCCUUUAAUACAGUUUCUCAUCUUGUGGCGACCCCCCCCCCCUCUCCCCCAGCCACGGCAUUAUUUUAGUUGCUGUUUCAUCACUGUAGAGUAUACGGUGGUUCUCAACCUUCCUAAUAAUGCCGCAAGCCUUUAAUACAGUUUCUCACCUUGGGGCGACCCCCCCCCCCUCUCCCCCAGCCACGGCAUUAUUUUAGUUGCUGUUUCAUAACUGUAGAGUAUACGUAUUUUCAGAUGGUCUUAGGCGACCCCUGGGAAAGGGUCGUGAGACCCCAAAAUUGGUCGCGAACCACAGAUUGUGAACCGCUGAUCUAUUUGAUGGUCCUUGCCGUCACUGCUAUAUUUCAGACUAAAUUUGUCAGAGGCUGACUUGAUUUGAAUAGGACUUUCUUACUGUUCAGAAAACUGCCCGCUGCUGAUCAUAAGCGAAAAGUUACUUGUUAUAUAAAUGUAUUAUAAUAUAUAUCCUGCUUCCUGUUUGAAACCGCGUCCUCACAACGCCACACAUUUUUAUAUUAAAUAGUACUGAGUGAAAAAGGCUGUCAUGCGUGACGUGUAAACUUAGGUCAAAUAAUUUUUUUAAUAUAUUAAUAAAAAAAUGAGCCACAUCUAUGGUGUAGGAAUGUCUGUAGGGCUAUUAUUUAAAGGCCGGCAUGUAUUGCGUAGGAUUGUCGGUAGGCGAACUCGGGUAAAAGCAUGUUUUUCGCUGGUGAUGACUAAUAUAUUAAUAUAAAAAAAUGAGCCACAAUUGUGGUGUAGGACUGUCUGCAGGACUAUUUUUUAAAGGCUGGCAUACCUUAUUUUCCAGUUAAUGCAUAACGGCUGUUUAUUUUAGGGUUGAAAGACUUUGCCAUUGUUUGCUUGGAAUUAGUUUUUGUAGUGUUGCGUUUUUUUUGUUUUUCAAUGUGGUAAAUUAUAGAUUUGUUGACUUUGUACCGCGCUUCGAGCUUUUGAGGAUGAAGCGUGUUUUUGAAAUGAACUUUAUUAUUAUAUAUAGGGUAGGAUUGUCGGUAGGCAAAUUUCUCAAAAUACCCGGACCCGCUUAAAAAAAAAAAAGCCCUAAUUAUUAAUAUUUACAAUCUGGGAGUACUAUUGAAUCAAUAUCACUUAAAUAAAAUACGUAAUAUCUAGUGCAUAUUUUGCCAUUCAAAUCGGGUGGGCAUGUAUAUUGCUUUUGAUUUGGUAGCGCAGUCCACUACAAUUGGUAGGUCCUACAAUGCACCAGUUUGAGCAAUGCUGCCCUAGUAAACACCUUGUCUUGUUUUACAGAGUUCGAGCGGCACGUGUAAGAUCACGGCAAACACGGGUCAACCAUGAAUGACCUCAUCACGGACCUGGUCAUCAGCCUCACGACCCACUUGACAACGUACCUGUUGAUCUUCAUCACAACGGCGAUCAUCUAUUUCAUCUUCACACAGCUGACCAACCGGGACACCUGGGAGAACUACGGGGUCAAACAGGUGUCCAUGGGGAGACUUGCUUUGGUUGAUUUCAAGUGAGACAUUGUUUUCGUGACCGGUUACCGCCCACAGUCAGGGCAAUGGGACUGGGGACAAAGGGGCAUCUGCCACUUACACCAAAUUCCAAGGGGGGGGGGGGGCGCUAAAAUUGUCAUACAUAUACAGGCUUACAACAUUAAAUAUCAAUUAGUAUUGGAGGUUGGGAGGGGAGAACGUUCAAGGUUCGCCCCCAGGGCAUCUGCCACUUACACCAAAUUCCAAGGGGGGGGGGGGGCGCUAAAAUUGUCAUACAUAUACAGGCUUACAACAUUAAAUAUCAAUUAGUAUUGGAGGUUGGGAGGGGAGUACGUUCAAGGUUCGCCCCCCGGGCACGGCUUUUCGAUGGCACGGCUGUGCUCACAGCAAAACAAUACCCCCAAAAGUCAUUUUUAAUUUCACGACCAGUCUAUAACUAUCACACCCAACUCUCCUAAUUCACUCACUUAUAGCACUUAUGGUCGAGCUACGAAAAAAUCAAACAUGAAACGACAACAUCCUCCGACACAACAUUGAUAAUGAUAAAUGCAAUAUCUUAAAAUAUACUAACUCAUAAUUAGAUUAUCUCAUGUUUCUCAUCAUAAUAAUACAUAGUGAAAAUAACGCUUUUUGUAUAUCUAACCUGAAGUAAUGUCGAUCUCUCUCCAAAACACAAUCAGGUUCUCCUUCAUAUAUCACACCAAGUACUCACUCGCCCCCACCCUCCCCCCCCACAAUAUAAAAGCAAAACAACAAGCUUACACAUAUAUGUUAACCCCCACCCCCACCAACACACCUCUCAUAAGAGUCAACGUCCCCCACAUAAAAUUGACAUCGUUCACAAUCUAUUAUUGCCCAACAUCAGCUAGGGUAGACUUAAAACAUGUGAAAUAGUAAAGCCCUUUGUCAGGAAUGUUGAUUUUUUUUUUUUUUUUUUUUUUUUUUUUUUUUUUUUUUUUUUUUUUUUUUUUUGUAUUGACUUGUUAAUCGUCCAUCGCCCCCACCAUUCAUUGCACCACCGUUUGAGUUCUAAAGUAUACGCCUCUACCAUUUUUUUGUUUCCCGACUAUACAGACGGGCAUCAGCAGCACUCAUGGAAGAACAUGGCGACACGGUUGGAAUAACUCGAGGUGAGAUGACCCUCAUCACACGUGACCUUGAACUCUUGAGGCACGUCAUGGUCAAAGAUUUCAACAAUUUUGUGGACAGAAUGGUAGUAAUGACCACCAACACUCCGAUUGAAGAUAGUUUGUUUUUCUCCAAUGGCCAAGACUGGAGGCGAAUGAGGCACUUGAGUUCACCUUCGUUCAGGUGAGUUUACCUUUAAUGUCAGCAUCUGUCGGGCCACUUGACAUUUGAAUUUACAGUCAUUCAGGGGGAAUUUCUUAUUUAUUAUCAUAAACAUUGUCAAUUAAGCACCUUAGAUCAUUAGUCUACUUUAUAAUUAUCAGUGUUGUCUAUUAUAUCUUUCAAAAUGAACAGCAGGAGCAAAUAUGUGCCGUAUGAUAAUAAUUUAACAUAAACAAAAUGUUCAAUUAUUUUUGAAAGUUGAAUUCAUGUAAACUUACACAUUUUUGCUAAAAAAAUUAAUAUCAAAUUCAACUUUUAAACAAUUUUCACAGCACUGGUAAACUCAAGUAUGUUGCAAGAAACAUUGAAAGUUCUGCCCAAAAGCUGGCAAACAUACUGGAAGAUUGUGCCGGGAAGGACGUGCUGGUCCCAAUCAAACACAUCACCGGCCAGUACACCAGUGAAAUCAUUGCGAGCUCAGCUUUCGGAGUGCAGACAGAUUGCUUGGGCAAGGAGGACGAUGAGUUCACCCAUCACGCCAAGUCUAUUAUAAAGAUUAGAAGCAAAGCAAUGAACAUGUUAAUCUUGGUGAUGUUCAGAUUCAAGUGGCUGCAUCGUUUCCUUGUCAAAGUAAGGGGACUUCAUCACGCUAAAUCGAUCCUGCUACAAGAUAUUUUAGACCAUUUUUUAAAUUAUUAUAACCGUUCAACAAAAUAGCUUUAAGAUUUGAGUUUGGAUGGUUCUAAAAUAAUCGCCAACUAUUUAGUUCGUGGGAAACCGAGUACGUGGGGAAUAAGCUUACUUCAAAUUAUUUUUAUUUUCCCUUGCAUUAUUUAAUUGUUUUUCUAAUACCAAAAAAAAAAACCUAUUUUUUUCAUCCUUUCAAACGUCUGCUGUGUUAAGAAUACCGAGUUGUGUGCACUUUUUUUUUUGUUAAGUGUGAAAAGUUAAUGAUGUCUAUUAUUGGCAGUCAUGCUUUAGCAAUGGAUCGAAACUAAUGCAAAGAGGAAUUCAGAUAUCACAUAUUGGCUUAUCGUAGAAUUGUAAUGUUGACCUCAUUAGUGAGCAUAUUAACAUAAUCAUAAAUGUAUAUGUACUCAUUCUUCUAGACCUAAGUUCAAAGUGAUAUGCUCUCUGUUUUGUAAAUAGUUUUACAAUGGUAUUCUAUAUCUUGAUUGAAAUAAACAUGGCCAUAUUCAGUUUGAUAAAUUAUUUGGAUCCAGAAACUCAAGAUCAGCUUCCUAGAUCAGAUGAGUGGUGACGCCUACAACUAUUUCAAUGCCAUAAUCCACACAGCUGUGGCUCAGAGGUUAGAGAUGGAGCAACAAGGACUGGAGAGGCCUAAAGAUUUUCUCCAGAGUAUGAUCGUAGCCAAGACGAAAGGAGACGAAGAGGCAGCUCAUUAUACAUGUGAGCAUUUUAUGAUAACUCAUACAGUGGUGCAGUUAGAGGGGAGGUGGAGGGUGUCCAUUUGUUCUUUAUAUAUAUAUAUAUCUAUAUAUAUCGGUUCUACCGACGCAUCUGGAAACGCCUUACACACUGUUUUCAUUUCUAGUUUUCUCCAGAAUUUUCUAAAAGAAUCUGAUAAAUACAGACCAUUCAUUAGAUUUAGGUGGUAGGGUCAAGAUCAAAGGGAAUAAGCCAUGCCCAAUACUAUCGCAGGCGAAUUAGGGUCAGCUAGAUUUCACAUCAUGGGGGAAAUGUGACGCAAACACGUCGUCUAUAGAACAAAAUCAUCAAUGUAUUUACAGCUGAUUCCCAAGAGGCGUCCUGGGAACAACUGCCCAAGACGAUGACAGACAGAGAACUCAUUGGUCAGUCCAUGCUCGUCAUUUUUGCCGGCUUUGAGACCACGGCAACAACAUUACAGAUGUGUUUGUUUCUGCUGGCCCAGCAUGCAGAUAUUCAGGUAUUCUUUAAAUUUAAAAAAAAAAUGAAUUUAGUGUGAACUAUAAUACAAUCCUCAUGCUAUAAUUUAGAUAAAGACUAUAAUAAUGAAAUUAAGACAAAUAAUUUAAGAGUUCGGUUUUUAAAUUGCAAAGGCUAAUUGAACAAUAUUUGUAGAAAUAUAAAUGGUCAGUUUUUACACAAUAAAAUUGAAAAUAACAACAACAACAUUUCUAGUAUUUACGUUUUAAUAUAUCCAUGAAAAGUUUCCAUACUUUAUUUUUCCUCUCUCUUCAUGUUAAAUUCAUAGAAGAACAAAUCUAAAUUAAUCAUUCUUGUUUGUCUCGUUUUCAUUGAGCACAGGGUUGCGCUCUCUUUCGCUGCUCUUCCCGUCGUGCGCUUCAUCAUGUACGCACCAAAUGCACACAAAAUAAUAUCUAGAUUAGCGGUUCUCAACCUAUGGAUCUCGACUCCUUUGGGGGUCGAAUGGCCAUUUCCUAGGUGUCACUUAAGGCCAUUGGAAAACACAUUUACUCUUCAAUUAUGAAGUAGCAACGAACAUAAUUUUGUAGUUGGGGGUCGCCACAACGCGAGGAACUGUAUUAAAGGGUCGCAUCAUUAGGAAAUUUGAGAAGCACUGAUCUAGAUGAUCAAGUUUGAUGCAAUGAGUGAUUUUCCUUUAAAUGACCAAGCAGCAAUAUUUGAAUUGGAGCUUCAAAAGCAUUUUGCGCGCACAACAUCGUGUUUUCCUUGCCCCACCUAGCAAUAAAUAAUUUUUAAAUUAUUAGUAAUUUCUAAACACUUUUUGUACCAACAGGAAAAAGUUUACAAAGAGAUCCAAAAAGUAGUUUCCUCAGAAUCUCCGACAUACGAGGAACUUGGUCAGCUCAAGUACACUGAGCAGGUCAUCAACGAGACUUUAAGACACUACCCCCCUGCUGCCAUCAUAACCAGGAGGGCGGAAGCAACAUAUCAUUAUGGGUCUAUCACCAUACCCAAAGGUGCGGGGAUCUUGAUCCCUAUUGAAACCAUCAUGAUGGAUCCCAGAAACUACCCCGACCCCACAAAGUUUGACCCGGACAGAUUCUCCGAUGAAAACAAGGUCAAAAGAGAUCCAUUGACCUUCUUGCCUUUUGGCUACGGUCCACGUCACUGUAUCGGUAUGAGGCUGGCUUACCUUGAGCUCAAGGUUGGACUCGUCCAUGUGUUGAGGAAGGUCAAGUUUGAACUCAAUGACCGCACGGAGCCACGCAAGGGGGAGAAACUUGUCACGAGAUUUCAAGGAAUUAUUGUCAUCGACAAACCCAUUCAACUUCAGGCCAAAUUAAGAAAUGAGUAAUUGUGGGCUACACGCUGGACACGAUAGGCGAUGUAUCUCAAUGUUCCAAACUACAAACUAAUUCUACAUUGACAAUACUUACUUUAAAUUAAAUUAACCAUGGCAUUUUGACAUUUUAUAAUUGCAAACUUUUUCCACAAUUGCUGUUAAUUUUUUCCCCAUAAUACACGAAACAUUUAAUGUUAUUAAUCCUAGUUAUAAAGUAAGAGGGACUAUAACUAAACCAUGCUUACUUCACUCCACUCGCAAUCAUUUCUAUAAAAUAUGCAAUUACCUUGUUUUCUUUUCAUUGUUAUUUAAAUCAUUGGUGGGCACAUUUUUUUAGCUGCGAUCCAGAUUCAAAAGAUAACAGAUGCGUGGGAACCAUUAAUGGUGAAACGUUGGGAUGGGCUGGGGCUUUUUAACCGAAUCUUGUGGAUUUUAUUAUUUCACCAGACAAUCGAAACAACCCCAUGUAUGAGUGACAGAUGCCAUAGAAAUUUUAAAUUACGUGUCAAUUUUUUGUCUCCAUUUUAAUGAUUAUUUGAUUACACUUUUUUUUUUAAUUAAAAAAAGGGAGUAUGAGCCAUUCAAAAUGGAGGCACAAGCCAAAAUAGACCAGAGAGCCACAAUAUUCACACCCCUGAUUUAAAUGUUAAUUUUUCAGUUUUUUUUUGUAUAAAAAAUUGUUUUAUUUUUAAGCAAGGAAAAUGCUAAAUAACUGGUAAUAAUAAUUUUUCUCAUUCACUCUAAAUAGUUAUUAUUUUCUUUCAAUUGAAAGAUUUCUGAAGAAUUGAAGGACCUAGUUUACCACACAGACGCUCAUCAGGAUCUAUUUCUCCUUCACCGUAUAUAUAGAUCACUUUAUCACCCACUUCCGGACUAUGGAAUGGAUAAACUAUUAACAAAGUAUUAUAAGAAUUUGUACACACAAUAACUUUAUAUCUUACUGUUUAAUGAUUUGUAAUGGAAAUAACAUUAUAAGAAUGUCUUUUGGUAUUUCUAUAACAUUAUGAUAAUGUGUGAUUGAAAUAACAUUCGGUAGCUCAGCCGCGAGAUGAAGCUAUGUAGGUGUAUCACGAUGAAUCUAAAUAGGUGUUUCGCAAUUUAGCUAGGUGUGUCAAGAUGAAGCUAGGUGUGCCACAAUGAAGCUAGGUGUGCCACAAUGAAGCUAGGUGUGCCACUAUUAAUCUAAGUGUGAUACGGAAAAUGCCUACAAAAGAAGGAAAAGCACAAAGAAUACAGGCUCGAAAUGAUAAAAUUACCGCGCUGAUAAAAAAGACCAAAAGGCCCCGGUUAGUCUAUUAUCAACAAUGUCAAACACUUGGGCUACAGAAAUGUCUCCAAUAUCGACAGUAAAAAUGGAGCUGGGGGUUGUUAACUGCCUUGGUUCUAGUGGAAAAAAGUUGCACAGCUCUGCAGUAGACCGAUAGUUAUAAGCAGGGCCGUCUUAACAAUCAUUGGAGGCCCUGGACAAAGCAAUCCAAUGGCACCGAAGUUUUCAAGAGGAAGUGAAAGAUGGGCUUGGGGAGGGGCUCAUUGCUCGAGAUCCGGAAAAUUUGUGGUGCCUUCCCACGCAUGCCUGAAUUCAGUUCGGCGUCCAUUUUACGCCUUUUGGAGAACAACAGAGUCCUGGUCGUGUUACCGUUCAAAAAAAGUUUUCAUGGACACCAUUAGACGCGUUGAAUGGAAAGUUUAUGAACAAUCAUUAUUCGUUUAAAAUGUAAAUGUUUCCAUGUUUUCUCACAUGGAAAGAAAGAAAAAAAAAUUUUUUUUAAAGAACAUGUCAUUAUUAUUUUUAUAACUUGUUAACCUGGUCAUUGUAUGUGAAUGUCAUUAUGUAUAUUACACAUAUAUUUAUGAAUAGCCCAUGCAAUCUCUGUGCACUAUUUUUUUUUAGCGCAAAAGUAAAAUUCUCCCUUGAAUGCACCAAAUGGCGUGUACAUUUGUGUUCGAUAUUUAUGUAAGAUAAACCUCGUAUUUCUACAACGAAAUUGGAUUUUUGAAAACAAUGAUAGUA